UCCAAGUGCGCGUUUCUUAUAAACAGCUGUCAGACGGAUAUAUAAGCCGAUUAUGAGGAUUUAAAUAGAUAGGACUUGAAUUGCUGUAACAUCAUUUGAUCGUGUAAUACAGAAGAGACAUGUCAGGAAACCUGUCAGUUGUGGCUUUUGAGGGUGAGCUGAAUGGCAUCAUAAGAGAGUAUCUGACUUUUGGAGAUUUUGACAGAUCUGUCAGCACAUUUGAAGAUGAAUGUAGUGAGAAGGGAAAACCAAUUAGUACACAAGAUGUCAGACCCAAGUCCAACAAGAAACUUCAAACUGUUCAAAAUGAAAUGAUGGAUCAUUUUCGCCAAGGAAAGCGGAGGAUAUUCUUUGAGCAGUGGACAGACUUUCUACCAUCAACUGUGCGGGAUGAGGACUCAGUGGCCCAGAAAUUGGAGUUCUACCUCAAUAUCUAUUUUGCUGUGUAUCCCAUGAAGCACAAAGGUCCACAGUCUGAAGUUGAGGUCAACAUGGGCGAGUUCAAGACCUACCUAGAGACAAGAGGAUCAACUCUAAGUCAGACUACAGAAUUCCUGCCUUUCUAUGCCCUCCCAUUUGUCCCCAAACCAAAGGAGCACCCUUCAUACAAGGAACUGUUUUCGGACACUUGGAUAAAAGACCUCGAAGUUCGACUGGACAAAUUCCUGACAUUAGCUUUAAACUCCACACCACAGCCAAGGCUGUUUGAUUUAUAUAGAGGAAGUGGUCUAGGUACUGGCAAAAGUACACAGCAGUUGUCAAUGCUGCAACAGAAGCUGCUAGAUGCAGAGAAGAAGACCUCCACAUACAUGAGACGUCACAGCAGGGUUCAGGCUGACUACCAUAACCUGAUAGGAAUAACUGCCGAUCUAGUAGACGCUCUUGAGUCAACCGUUCAGGGGAAGCCAAUCACCCCUGAGUACCUCCAGCAGCUGUGUACCCGACUGUUUAGCGCACACAUGAGGACCUCGGUAGACCUCGUCAGGCCAGGGACUGCGGGCGAGGCACUGAGAGCUUCUGUUAUUCCAGAAGAAGGCCCUCUGUUUUUCUUGACCAGGCAUGCAGCUCUCCGAUGGAGGUUAACCCGUUCUCGUGUGGACCAGAGGGAUGUGAUCAUGUCAGCCUACAUACAACAUGACUUGUUAGGAUGUGCUAAAGAAGGGCCAUACAGGCAAGCUAUUGAGGACAUGUUGACGUCGGAUAAUGAGAGUGUGAAGCAGUACACAGCGCGACUCUUCAAUGCCUUUGCUUCUCUGUCAGUGGGACGGUCAUACCUGGCGUUAAACAGUGAGCUGAUGCCGUCCUUGAUGGACAACCUGCGUAGUGAAGACAAGGAUUCUCUCACCCGGGAAAUGAUUCUUGGAGCCUUGCAGAAACUGAGUCUCAGAAGGAUUCUGCAGACACAAGGGGGAGUGAUCGAGUGGCUGGUUGGAGUGCUGGAGGACAACGACUCCCUAUCAGACUACACCCUGGAGUACUCUGUGGCAUUACUCAUGAACCUCUGUCUCCGAACUUCUGGAAAGAAGCGAUGUGCCAAAAAUGCUCGCCAGACUCUGAAAGUUCUCAGUGAUCUCCUGGGCCAUGACAACACAGAGAUACUGCCCUAUGUGAAUGGUGCCUUGUACAGCAUCCUGGCCAUUCCCUCCAUCAGAGAAGCAGCUAAAGCUAUGGAUAUGGAAGAAAUUCUUCGAUGUUUUAUAAAAGAUGGGCAACAAGACAUGAACAGGCAGAUAGAGUUCAUCAUUAAACAAUUAAAUUCAAAUGAAGCUGGUGAUGAGUAUGAGUCUGAUGAUGAGGAAGAAGAUGAUGAUGAUGAGGAGGACCAAGACGCUUUAGAGGCUGAUUUGGACAAGGAGGAGAUGAUCAGACCUCAGCCUGGUGAACUGGCCGGGGAGUCCAUGUUGUGUCGAGACUACCAGGGUGAGGCAGACAGCUCCAGCAAGAAGAGGCAUACAGACCGAGUAUCAAUGCACGAGCCCCUGACACGCCCAGCCACCCCCAGUCAGAGACGAGCAGCAGAAAACACAGCACCACGUACGGGGGAGGUGAUAGGCCUCCAUCACGCAACAAUCCCACGCAGUGGCAGUCGACCCAAUUCUCAGGAGAGCGGCCGACGUACAUCAAGUCAGGCUAGCGACCGCCACCUCAGACCAUCCACUAAAGCAAUGGAGAAACUUGGUGCAGGAGCAAAUGUCAAUGAGUAUGCAAGUGCUUUUGGUUCUCGCCCUCGCAUUCCACGAACCCCAGGCCCUGAUAACUUGAAGCGUCCCUCAUCUGGCUCCAGUAGAAGUUCCAUCUCCAAGAACCCUCCUCAACCCCAAUAUUCUGAGUCAGGGCCCCGUCCUAAGUUCGGCAGGGAAAACUGCAUGAUAGUUGUCACUGGAUGUAUGCAGGUGGCUCAAGUCCAAGGAAAGCCUCCACAAGCCACCCCAGCAACAGUCUACAGAACAGAUGAAACCUUGCACCAUUGUAUAGCUCUGUGGUGUCUCUGUGUUGUGGAACUAACAGUCUUCUAUACCUCGUGGCCAUUACCAGCUGUGAUAUGUGACAAUCUGUUUCAUGUACGCCAUCAAGAUGCUUGUUGAAGGAGGUGACCAAUCCACUGGAGGAGGUGUAAUUUUCAAGAGCUUCAUGUCCUGGAAUAAUAAAAAUGUUGCAUGGAAA